AGCAGGCAGUGAAGUGCAGCACAAAAGAAUCGACGCCACACGAGAGACAAGUUUCAGUUUCUUCAUCGCUCCAUCACCUCCAGUUGAGGCCUGCUUUACUAGCAAAGCUCAUUCUUCUGUUGCCAUCUGUUGCAGCCUCACUUCCUGUACACUACUUUUACCUACUAAUUCCGUCCCUGAUUUCAUCCUCAGACAGAAUACGGAGCUGCGUCUGGGCGCAGGUGAUCGCGGCCGCAUAAUUCGCAACGCCCUGUCUUCCCUUCAAAACUUCAAGCACUCUUUCGCUCCAAAACUCCCCUGCCGAUUCAAAUCGUCUAUCUCAUUCAGCGGAAUCCCACGAAUCCAAUCUUCCUGUCCACAUUGCUCUGCCAGCAUAUCCUGCCCGCCUCAUUUUGUGACCCUGGUCUAUCAUCUAGUUACUGCUUCUGGGAAGGCUGAACACAAUUUCACUCCUCUAAUGCAGCCUAUGGUGCCUAUCUACGGGGCCUAGUGAAGAUGGGGAAGGUUACGAGGAAGCCGCAGGAAAAGCACAAGGCGUCGUUGUCUCCGGCGGUAUCAGAUCUGGUCAAGCAAGUUUCCACCGUCCCUUUGGCUGACCUUCCAGCUGUCUUCGCCGGCUGGUCACCGAGAUGGCCCUAUCCUCGUGGUGAUCUCAACAACUGGAUCGAGCCUCUCGACCGAUUUGACAGCGUCCUCCAGUCCUUCAACUCAAGAUAUGGCCUGGACAAAGGUCCCCAGAAAAUACCCUUCGGCUCGUCACUGCUACUUGAGGGGAGCCCUGGGAUCGAUGAACAGGGAUUGAAAGAGCGUGGAUUUGGCCCAGAGGGUGACAGAGAACUGGUCGAGGCUAUCUUGGGCUUUUCAAAGCUUCUGGUUGAAAAAUGUGCGAACCGAGCCAUCUACAGCAGCACAGACCGCCUGAAUGAUCUGUUGCAUACGACUUCACUCUCGCUACUGCACCACACUCUCCAAAUCACUUUCUCCCUGGCACAACAGUACAGAGGUAUUCGAACCUCUCCUGGCCUGAAAUUUUACGAUUUCGACUUUGAGCGUAUCAAGAGGCUAGCUGCGCCUUUUGGACCAGUCCCUGCAAGCGUCAAGCGUGGGCCACCUUCUCCAGUCAAAUCCAAAUCCAAAGAGAAACUUCAGCAUGGCGGCGGCAAGCCGAGACGCGGGUCGACAACAUUCAAUCCAAAUGACUUCCGGGCUCUUUGUAAGGAAACCCCACAGCAUGGUGACCGCGGGAAAUCCUCAUCAGCUGGACUUGAUCGAGAUUCUCCUUCGUGGGCUCAUAACGUCAGAGUCUGGUGGGAAACCUCGACGUCCGAACCUGAGCCUGUCUCUGUUGAUGCAUCGCAAUCAUCAGAGCCUCCGCCCACGCCUACACGCAUCCGCCCAUCUACCACAGGACCCGAUACGACGAAUGCCAAUGCCUCAUCCAAUGAGAUUGACAGCAGUAGAGUUGUCCACCGACCAGCUGAACCAGAGAGCAGUUUGAAGUUCCUUGAAUUUUCUGCCGCCGAUCUGCUAGCCACUACUAUUGAGACGAUCUUACACGACCACCUAUCUGAUGAUAUGCCCUACAAGGUUCGAUACGAGCUGCUGCACCAGCUCCGUGUCGCCUAUGCCUUGAUGACCUCAUCGAAGACUCGGAAGGAGCUAUUAGCGGUGCGACUCUUAGCCGUGGCCAGUUUGGCUCAUGUCAUUAAGGAACCAGACUUCACGCAGAAACUGUUCUCGGUAGAGAAGCCUCAGGAGUUCAUCCAACAAGUUCUUGCCCUGCUUCAUGACACAAAGAAAGGGCACUCUGGUGUCUCCAUCUAUCUGCAAACUCUGGCAAUGGAGACGAUGUCUUUCCUGACACUCUCCAAACCUUUUGCUUCCGAGAUCCACGCAGCAUUGGGUGCAGGAUCAAGCCAAGGCCUCCUUUCUCAGCUGAUCCAGAAAGGCCUGAACGACAUUGCUAAAGAGCAUGACAGUACUGAUAACGUGGCUGGUGAUGAUUGGAGAGCUGCCAUCUUUUCACUGCCGAGGACGCUCAUCGAGGUCGCUGGACACCACGGACGCUCCAGCGAGGCUGUUAUAGCUUCGAGUUUUAUCACCUCGUACCUGUCUGGUUUCGGAGUCACAACCUCAAAGGCCAUGAGAGCGCACCUGUCGAUGCUAGACUUCAUCAAAACUUUCUUCCAUCACUUCAAGGAUGGCCUGGCAACUUUGUUGAGUAAUAAUGCUUUCGAGGCCAUUUGCAAUCUCUUGAGCACCCUUGUGAUAAGCGCUUGGGAUCUUCGGAAUGCUGGCGAAGGGAUACUGGCACAGCACAAGACGCGCGCCAUAGAUUACGAAAUCCCCUACAUGCACCAGCAAAUAAUUCGAUCCAUCAUUGAUAUGAUCAAUGACAUCAGCGGUCAUCAAGGUCAGCAGGCUGAUAGAGUCUUGAGAAGUCUGGUCGAUUCUCAAGCUUUGCUCCGUGCCUUUCGACUCAUUGUCGACCACCUCCCCGCAUUCGGUGCACAUACAUGGAGCGAAGUCAUCAAGGCGAUCUGUGGAUUUCUCCACAACGAGCCAACAAGCUAUACAGUGAUAUCCGAAGCUGGGAUCAUUCAGAGCAUACUCAAUACGGUCAACCCGUCACCCAAUCCCUCAGAAGCUCCGGCGAAUCAGAAGCGGUCGAAGUCGAUAUCCUCAGUUCCUGAAAAUCGACCGCAAGGAAUUCCACCUGUUUUUGAUGCAAUUGCCAACGUAUCCCAGGCCUUCGGCGCUAUUUGUCUGACGAGUGCUGGCUUCGACCUAUUCAAAUCCUCUGGUGCUUUGGAGAAGUUCUUCGAAAUCUUCGAGUCACCAGCACAUGUCAAGGUGCUCAACGAUGGAAACAUGCUGGCAAUGCUCGGUUCGACGUUCGACGAGCUCGUCAGACAUCACCCAAACUUGCGUACUUCCGUUUUGAGCGCAGUGAUGAUUAUGCUUGGUCGCGUGCGACACAUAGGCAGGUCACUCUCCGUCAACUUCGGUGCAGGAGCAAAACUGUGGCUUGGUACAGAGGAUGAGCUUGUCCCCUGCGGUGGACGAGAGGCUCUUUCGUUGGAGAUUCUGCCGCCUGUCUCAACUAAUGUUGACGAACCCGUCCCUCCCAGAAAGAUCGACCUUCCGAAUGGUGACAAAUUGAUUCUAGAGAAUGAGGUCCUUCCCCCGAGCACCGUUAACGCAACACCAAGCGAUCAAGAUGGCAAUGGGCUGAAAGCCAGUGAUUACGCAAGACCUGCGAUCGCGUUCUUGCUGAAUUUUUUCGAGCACCAGGCUCAUUGCACCAGCUUCCUGGAGCAGGGUGGGUGUGACCUUGUCUUGGACUUCAUUACAUUACCCAGCCUACCGGUUACAAGUCAACCUUUUGACCGAAACGGAAGUAUGUUUCAGGAGCUGGCCGCGGCUGUUCACAUGAUGGCGGAGACCAAACCGCACGUUGUCCUCCCAGCUCUUGUUGACCGCGCGCGUUUUGCGUGUUCCGAGCUGAAGCACUUCAGCCAGUGUCAGCCCAAGGACUGGUCCUGCUAUUUUGGCCCUCUGGUCAAAGCUGUGCCAGGCACCGGUGGCACAGGCAAGGGUCCUGCUUCCCAGCUGUCUGAGGUGGAGGCAAAUGGGACGCGCAUAGUCAGAAGCAUGAUGGCCGUCUUUUGUCUGGCUCAGGUGUUAAGCGAGAUUUUCAACAUUCCGAUCUACAGUCAGAGACACAUGCAGAAUUUCCUCUUCGGGCUAGUGAACUUGGAGGACGUUUUCGCCGACAUUGCUGAAAUGAUGGGUGCUAUAUCAGCAGCCUGUUGUCGCGAAGAUGUCGCGCUUCAGCGCUCGAUCCCCGAAUCCUGGAUCUCGGCAACACGCCCAGAACACUUCUCAACUGGUGAUGAUGAAGUUGACAAGCUUCUGAGUGUCCGCGACAUCGCCUCUCGCCAUAAUGGCCAGCUGACACCUGAAAAUGGAGAAGGUAGAGCAGCCCCCGGGGGCGACAUUGCCGCACUGAGUAAGGACAAGAAGACGCCAUUUUUCAAGAAUGUCCAAACUCUUCGCUUUCUGUUGAUUGAGACUCCUGCUGCCAUCACAGACUUUCUGUGUCGACUUGGCCGCAACAUUGCUGCCCGGCGUCGCCCAGAUACCUUCGCCAAACAGAAGACCUCCUUCGUGGCAAAUGCACUCGCGUCAGCGUAUUUGACACAACUUCAACCAUACUUCCUGAAUCCGAGGACAACGCAGAACGGUGACGCCGAUGAUACGGAACCCCGCUUCACUUACCUUGUGAUUGCUCUAGACAAUGUACGGCGGAGCUUUUACGACGAUAGUAGUUCCGGGGCGGGACCCGUCGCAACACAUCCAGCCCGUCAAGGAUUUGUUGUCGAGGCAUUCCGGAAAGCUGGGGGUGUCAAAACUCUGACGGAGAUCGGCACGGAAUUCUUCGACAAAUUGAAGUCUUGCAAAGUCGAGCAUGCUAUCUUUUCGGCAAACACAGGUCUCAAAAUCUGUCUCGAUAUCCUGGAGGAAUUUACCGAUUCAAAGUGCAUUAUUGAGUCGGCGCAGUCGAACAACAUGAAGACCGUAGACCCUAUGAGACAAUGCUACUUCGUUCCGGCUCAGAUUUUACUCAACCUGCGGAUGGAAGCACUCCCGUUGACGCGUUUGAUCUGGGCGAGUGAGUACGCGGACCAAGCUUCCAAAGACGUUGUGCAGAAGCUGGUCUCGAUCUUGAAGCACGUAUUUACCGGUGACAAUGAGAUGGAAGCAGUGCAGUCCGAUAGUGGACACCCUACCGUGGCACCGUUUUUAGCGAGGAAGCUGGAGUUCGACUCUUCGAAGGUUAACGCUCUGAAAGAGAAAGGCUACAACGAAGAACUCGUGCGUGAGGCUUUGUACCGGUCGAAUUCACAAGCGCCAAACAAUUCCACGCCAGCAGAAGAGUACUGCCGAGCACUUCUAGCAAACCCUCGCCGGAGACGACUACCUGUUCCUGAGAGAGAUAAUGAUCAUACAACCGCUCUCGGAAACAUGCCCGAUGUGGUGACUCCGCCAACAAACUCGCAUUCAUCUUCUGGCUGGAACUCGCUAGGGUCAGUGCAUACUCUACUUCCAAAUGUGCAUCAGGCUACGGAAGACAACGAGAUGGAAGACGUCACUGCUUCUAACCAAGCUAGUACCACGUCCAGAUCUGCGGAUCAUGCUACCACGAGUGUUUCUUCUGCAAUGGAUAUCAGCAAUCUCCUCAACAGCGACAGUGAACCUGAACGCGAGGCACCCCAGUCUUCCGAAGUGGAUCUGCCACGGUUCUACUCCGUUCAAUCAAUCAACGCACAGCGAGCACUCGUUAGAGAGGACCUGGCUGAGCGGUGCAACAACAUUCUCGAUAACCACCCAAAUUUGACUUUCGAGCUGUCUGAUUUAAUCAUUAGUGCAACAAAGAAAUUGGGCGAAGAUCAGGCUAAUGAAUUUUGGAGAACUACGUUGGAUCUUCUCACCAGUUCAUUAUUGUCGAUGCAAGGCGAGGAUGACAUCAACGAAUCCCGUGGAAAGAAGAUCGCCGCCGCAGCACACCUGGUCGCUCUCCUUAUCCAGGACGGGGAAGUGUUCAAAGAGACACUCGGCAUAUUCCAAGAGUCAUUCGAAGGCAUUCUUUCAUUCUUACAACUUCCAGCUGCAGACGGUCGGACCGAUGAAGGCUCCUUUCCCUGGGUCGCGCCCAUCUUGUUGAUCAUUGAGAAGAUGCUAUCCAAGGACUGUGAGCCAGCAGAAGUCAAAUGGGAUCCACCCACGGACAUUGAUUCUGUCACAUCGGCUGUGCUAACCACGGUUUCCGUGUUCGAGAUGGAGGAUAAACUGAAACUUUUCGAAGCACUUGUCAACCUUCUUCCACGUGUAGGAAAGGACAAAGGUAUGGCCUUGGCCAUCACCAGAGUUCUAGUCGCUCUCACCCGAACUCGAGAAAUCGCCAGCAGAUUAGCCGAGAAACGAAACCUACAGAGACUCUUCCUCAUGGUCAAGCAGCUUACCAAUGGGGUGGGGCAUCGAUUGCAAAGCUGUUUUAUGCUUAUUUUGCGACACAUUGUCGAGGACGACGCAACCCUGAAACAAAUCAUGCGUAGUGAGAUCAAGCUCCUGUUCACCUCUCGCAACACGGCGCGACAACCAGACACCAAUACUUACAUUCGAGAACUGUACCACCUUGUUCUACGCUCGCCCUCUAUCUUUGUCGAAACGACAAAUGAGAUUGUCAAAUUAUCUUCAUGGCAACCACAUGCUGGAGGUGUUGCCGCUCUGGCGCUGAAGCAGAACGAGGAACCUAAGCCAAUCGAUCAAGGUGAAGAGGGCGUCCAAACCCAAACAUCCGAAGAAAGCAGGACCGAUGCCACGCAACCAACAGCCAGCGUUGAGACCCCUCAAGAUCACGUCGAAGAGAGUAACAAAGGCAAGGCGCCCGAAUUGAAACCUCCAGUUGUCGAACAUCCGGAUGGAGUUAUCCACUUCAUCCUGUCGGAGUUGUUGAAUUACAAGGACGUCGAAGACAAGGAAUCUCCGGCCGAGCCGUCGGGAACGUCGACUGUAAACGGGACAUCAAAUCCAAAUCAACAAACUGCUACUGCAGGUUCAUCGGAGAGGCCUGUCAUUGACGGUGCCCAGCCGAAAUCAGAGAAAGCGAAGUUCAAACCAGAGGAGCACCCAAUCUUUUCCUACCGGUGCUUCUUGAUGUACAACCUGACCGAACUUCUUCACUCUUAUAACCGCACGAAGAUUGAAUUUAUCAAUUUCUCUCGCAAGGCUGAUCCAAUGGCAGUCACUCCAUCGAAGCCACGUUCUGGAAUCCUCAACUACUUCCUCAAUGGACUGAUUCCGUCUUGUUAUGUUGACAAGGAAGAUUCUCUACAAUUCAAGAAGAAACUGCUCACAAGUGAUUGGGCUAUCCGGGUCAUUGUCGCCCUAUGUUCCAAAACAGGGGAAGCGGGCAUGACUGUUUCAGCUCAGAGAUAUUCGACGCAGCCGCAAGUCGAGGACGUGGAUGAUGAACCAGACCUGACAUUUGUGCGCCGCUUUGUCCUUGAGCACGCGAUCAAAGCGUACAAAGAUGCGAUUUCCUCCAAUGAAUCCCUUCAGAUGAAGUAUAGUCGACUGUUGUGUCUCUCUGACAUGUUCAAUCGUCUCUUGACCAAGCCCGUCGUCCCUGAAGGGUCCGCUGGCUCCCAAAAUACUUCUUACAAGGUCCUUUCACGGAUGAUGUUUGAGAAGAACCUAAUCUCAGUCUUGACCAGCUCGCUUACGGAGAUUGAUCUUGCAUACCCUGGCUCCAAGAGAGUGAUCAAGUUCAUCCUACGCCCAUUACAGGAACUCACCACAUUGGCAAUCCAACUCAGCGUCACGUCGCCUGACCUGCUGAAUUCCGUGGUUGGGAACAUGUCUGAAGACGUGAUUUCAUCUGCCUCUUCAGUCUCGGACAUCGAUGAAGAGCGGGAAGAAACCCCUGAUCUUUUCCGAAAUUCCGCGCUCGGCUUACUUGAUCCUAACCGGGAUCCUGGAUCUGAUUCCGCGACCGAUGAAGAAGAUGAAGACGAAGGGAUGUAUGAUGACGCCUAUGAGGAUGAAAUGGAGUACGACGACGGCAUUGUUGUCGCAGGCGGAAACGAUGACGAGGCUGUCAGCGAUGAAGAAGGCGAAAUGGGGCCAGACGGUGAAAUAGAGGGUCUUCCAGGCGAUGUACCGAUGGACAUCGAAUUCGUAGUCAAUGAUCCUCACAUGGAUGUCGACUCGGAUGAAGAUGAGGACGACGACGACGACGACGACGACGACGAGGACGACUCGGAUGAAGACGAGGACGACGAAGACGAAGAGGGUGAAGACUUUGAGAUUGGUGAAGACGUGGACGCGGGUGAAAUCAACGGGGACGAGGAAAAUCACAGCCUCAAUGAAGGACCAGAAGACGAUGGAGAUUGGGAAGACGAAGACGACGACGGUGAUGACACAGAAAGUGCCGAGGGACGACUUCCUAUCUCCGCGUUCGACCAGGAUUUCACCUUCUCUGCGGACCUGAUGCCUAUUCCGGUUGAACAGGACCGUGACAACGGCAACCCCCCUUCAGCAGGCGUACUCAGCAACCUUCUUCGGGUUCUGGGUGACCACGACCUCGAUGGCCCGAUGGGAGGAAUGACAGAAGAAGGGUUACCAGUCCUUCGUCCCACGGCGGCCAUGCGUCGUUCUCGUCCUACAAUAGCUCCAGGUGUAGUCCCCCCUCCAGAAAUGACCUUUCCAGAAGAGGACGAAGAGGAGGACGAGGAUGACGAUGAGGACGAUGAUGAGGACGGAGACGACAUGGAUGAGAACGACGGAAUGGAGUAUGGUGACUUUGACCGCUUGCUAGCUGGUGGCGCCCGCGAUAUCAUCGAGCACAAUCACUUGAGAUGGGAACAUCCGCCCCUCAUGCGACGUCAUCGCCCACUUGGUGGCUCAGUCUGGAAUACCCUGACUAGGCGGAUGGACGUUCGUGACGACCUCAACCCAUCUGGCCGCUCAGGUCGCAUAUCCGGUCAUGUAAGGUCUGGCGAUGAUGGCACAAACCCUCUAUUACGAAGACCUCAGCCGGAGGCUCGGCAGAGAACAGAGCACAUUGGGACCAGCAUUCUGCUUCCGCAUGGGCUUGAGAUGCUUCCAGGAAUUCCUGGUUUCCAACCUCUUCAAGCCACUAUCAACACAGUCGACAACCGCGGAAUGGGCGGCGGGCAUGGAGCUGUGCUUGACGCUAUUUUCUCGGCUCUUCAGCGUGGCGAGAUUAGUGAAGGCGAACAAUUCCGCCUUCGCAUUCCGGUUCUUACAGACUUUCGCGACCCCUGGCGAUCAUCAGGGUGGGAUCCGCGCCAUCAUCGUCAUGUUUCCCGAGAAGACUCGCAGCGCGGUAACAAUUUUGUUCCCUCGCCGACUAUGUCGCGUUGGCAAGAAGAAGUACGACUUCUCUACGGCACUACCUAUGUGGAGAAGAUCCAGCGUGUCCAAAUUUGGCUCAUGUCGGUCAUGGUUCCAUUUGCUCAGCAAGAGGAGAAAGAACGCAAACUUAAGCGAGAACAGGAACAGCAGGCGGAACGUGAAGAAAUGGAAAGAUUGAAAGUGGAAGCAGAGCGUCGCAAGAAAGAAGCCGAGGAGCGUGAAGAAGAGCGUCUCCGGGUCGAGGCUGAAGCUGCAGCAGCCGCCGAAGCCGAGGCCCAAGAAGAGGAUGAUGAGCAUGAAGAUGGUAACACAGUUCCUAUGGAGGAUGUACAAGAUACAGAUGUAGGGCUUGCGCAGGAGAUCACCGAAAACGAAGCUUCGGCUUCGACGUCUGACGCGCAGCCUCGCGUUUUCACUACCAUCAGAGGCCGGCAAAUCGACAUUACGGGACUGGCGAUCGACAUCGAGUAUUUAGAAGCCCUGCCGGAGGAACUCCGCGAGGAGGUCAUCAUGCAGCAGUAUGCUACUCGGCGUGAAGAAGCUCGUCAAGAAGGGACCAAUACGUCUGGCAUUGAUCCAGAUUUCCUCAAUGCUCUCCCGGAAGAGAUCCGAGAAGAGAUACGGCAACAAGAAGCUCACGCACAACGUCGACGAGAACGUGAAGAAGCUCGCAGACAGGCUGCGGCCAAUGGAGGACAUGCGCAAGCGGAAGAGAUGGACAACGAUAACUUCUUGGCUACUCUCGACCCAGCGUUCCGUCGUGUCAUAUUAGCAGAACAACCACCGGAGGUCUUGCGCCAGCUUGAUCCCCGGCACGCUGCAGAAGGUCGAGCACAUGCCAGACGUCUAUAUCAGUAUGUCAGAACUGAUGCGGAUGCUCGUGAGGACCGUUCGGGCGAAGACGCGGGUCAACGCGACGGCAAGCGCCAGAUUAUCCAAAUGGUCGAGAAAUCCGGGGUCGCGACAUUGUUGCGCCUGAUGUUUUUGCCUCAACAAGGUUCACUCCGCACGAACUUGUGGCACAUCCUGCGUAAUAUCUGUGGAAACCGACAAACGCGAUCAGAAGUCGUCAAUCUUCUGCUGCUUAUUCUUAAAGAUCUUAUUCUCAAAGAGGGCUCAACAGAUGUGACGGCUGUUGAACGCAGUCUUGCCAACCUAUCCUUGAAAGCGAAGGCAACUGUCGGGCAGAAGACACCUCAACCACUCAAACGUACGCUUUCGAUGCAACCUGCUGGUGGUAUUAGCGAAGAGGUUACUCCUCUUGUUGUUGUACAGCAGUGUCUUUCUGCCCUGAGGCAACUUUGCCAGAGCAACUAUCACACCCGAACCAUCUUCAUCCGAGAAAGUGACGCCAGUCUAGCCUCGAAGAAAGGUAAGGGAAAGGCCAAGGAAGUGAAGGCAGUAAGAUAUCCCAUCAACGACUUAAUCGGCCUCCUCGACCGGAAGUUGAUUGUGGAGAGUUCAUCCUGUCUUCAAUCACUUGCUGAACUCUUGUCUGCGGUCACUCAGCCUUUACCGAACCUAUUGAAGAAGGACAAGGAGAAAGCUACCGACGAAGAGAAGCCGACCGAACCUGACGGGGCAAGUACAGAAGAAGGCGUUUCUGCGGGAGCACCUACUGAAGCAGUCCAACCAGCUCAACCAGACGCGGAUGUAGAGAUUCAAGACGCCCCAGCACCUGCUGCUUCGAGCGAAGAGAAUGAAGCUUCUGCAAGUGCGGCUCACCAGUCUGAGACGGCGGAGAAUGGCGAGAAUGACAUCGCCGACACUAGCAAUGACGACUUGACUACCGAGGGGGCCAGGGCCAAGAAGGCAUUUGAGCCACCUGAGAUUUCGCACCACAACUUACAACUCGUUGUGAGCAUCUUUGUUGCUCCCGAAUGUAAUAGCGACACUUUCCACUCUACCUUGGAGACGCUGUCCAGUCUGUCAUGCGUUCCUGGCACCUCAACCGUUUUCAGCAAGGAGUUGAUUCAUUACGUCAAAGAACUUUCGGAAUCCAUCUGCAAAGACCUUGAGGACUUGAUUCCUCAGCUCAAAGAAGCACAGUCAAUUACAGAUCUCCAUGUGCUGUCGUCGAUAAGAUUUUCGCAUGGGGGUUCCGAUCAGGUCAAGCUCUUGCGAGUUCUCCAGGCAUUGGACUAUCUAUCUGCGCCUAAGGCCGAGAAUGAGGAACCCGAGGGAAAUGCCGUGGCAAAGAGCAUCCUUACGUCUUCGUACGAAAGCCUUGCACUUCGACCGUUGUGGAGCAAACUGAGUGAGUGUUUGACAACUGUCCGCGAAAAGGACAACAUUACCAGCUUUGCCACGAUAUUACUUCCGCUUAUCGAGUCCUUGAUGGUGGUCUGCAAGAACACCUCUCUGAAAGACUCGGUUUUGGCCCGUCAAAUCAGAGAACAAGUGCCUGGAAGUCCUGCGCCAGAAGCUAUGGAUGAUCUUCAAGAACUAUUUUUCAACUUCACCACUGAACACCGGAAGAUCCUCAAUGAUAUUAUUCGCCAGUCUCCUAAGCUGAUGCAAGGAAAUGGAAGCUUCAGCCUCUUGGUGAAGAACCCCAAGGUGCUCGACUUCGACAACAAGCGAGCCUACUUUACCAAGCAGAUUCACUCUAGAUUGCACCAGCAACGUCACAUUCAACCGCCUCUGCAGCUAAACGUCCGCCGCAGCCAAGUGUUCCUGGAUUCUUACAAGGCCUUAUAUUUCAAAUCCGCCGAGGAGAUGAAAUAUGGCAAACUCAACAUUCGUUUCAACGGCGAAGAAGGCGUUGAUGCAGGUGGUGUCACCCGAGAGUGGUUCCAAGUUCUUGCUCGAGGAAUGUUCAAUCCAGAUUGGGCUUUGUGGCAGCCUGUGGCAGCCGACCGCACCACGUUUCACCCUAACCCUCUCAGUUGGAUCAAUGGCGAACACCUUCUUUACUUCAAAUUCAUUGGUCGCAUCAUCGGAAAGGCCUUACACGAAGGACGAGUCCUUGAUUGCCACUUCAGCCGGGCUGUUUAUAAGCGUCUCCUCGGAAAGGAACCUAAUUUGAAAGAUCUUGAGUCCAUGGAUCUUGACUACUACAAGAGCUUGGUUUGGAUUCUUGAAAACGACAUCACCGACGUCAUUACGGAGGACUUCUCUGUGGUUGAAGAGCAGUUCGGUGAGGAAAAGAUCGUGGAUCUGAUUCCGAAUGGGCGAAACAUCCCGGUCACGGAGGAGAACAAGAGAGAAUACGUCAAUGCGCAGGUCCGCUAUCGCCUCACAACAUCGGUGAAAGACCAGCUCGAGAAUUUCGUCAAGGGUUUCCACGACAUCAUCCCGGCAGAACUCAUCGCGAUCUUCGAUGAACAAGAGCUCGAAUUGCUCAUCUCUGGACUGCCAGAGAUUGAUGUGGACGAUUGGAGAGCCCAUACCGAAUAUCACAACUACAAUGCCAACAGUCCCCAAGUGACCUGGUUCUGGCGCAUUGUCCGUGGUAUGAGCAAUGAAGAACGCGCGAAAUUGUUGCAAUUCGUCACUGGCACCAGCAAAGUCCCUCUCAAUGGCUUCAAGGAUCUCGAAGGGAUGCAAGGAAAUACUUUGUUCAGUAUCCACAAGGAUCCAAGUCAAUCUCGUCUGCCAACGAGCCAUACAUGUUUCAAUCAGCUUGACUUGCCUGCUUACGAUGACUACGAUACUCUCAAGAACAACUUGAUGACAGCAAUUAAUCUCGGCGCUGAUUAUUUCGGUUUCGCAUGAUCGGUCGGACUCGCUCGGUGUGAUAACGGGAAGGCCAAAACGUGCCUGGCAUGGGUUGUAAUGGUGAACAGGGUUGGGCAGUGAUAUGCGAGGCAUUUCUCCGGUGAUUUCCUUUUCUAAGAGUGACCCUUGAUGUCUACAGAGCACCAUCAUAAGACGUUGUGGGGGUCCGGGCUGGUGCAAAUAUGCGCGCAAAAUUGACAGAGUACUAUGGCGACCACAAUGGAUGGAUCAACAUCGAUUUCUACGGCGUGCCGGUGGUGAUUUGGGCCUGAGCUGAGAUGUGCAGAUCUCAAGUUGCAGGUCGAGACCGUCACUGGACACCAAAUGCAUAGAUAGAUCACUAUUAGCUUAGCUGAUAAAAACAUCAUGCCAUGAC